AUGGCCGCACCCAACAGUUCCUCGUCGUCGACUCAAAGAGAUAGCGAGGGAGUCACACUUUCCGCGCUUCCCAAAUCAUGGCACUUCACCUCAGCGCUUCCUGCAGAUCAGCUCUUCCCGACCCCGGCCGACAGCCACAAGGCAUCGCGCGAGGAUCUCGGCCCCCGCCAGGUGCGCGGUGCUCUGUUCACAUGGGUACGCCCAGAGACCCAGAAGGAGCCAGAGCUACUGGCCGUAUCCCCAGCAGCCAUGCGCGACCUGGGGCUGGCGCAGUCGGAGGCAGAGACGGAGGAGUUCAAGGAGACGGUAGUCGGCAACAAGAUCCUAGGCUGGGACUCUGAGACCCUUUCAGGGCCCGGCUACCCCUGGGCGCAGUGCUACGGCGGGUUCCAGUUCGGCGACUGGGCAGGCCAGCUCGGCGACGGGCGAGCCAUCAGUCUCUUUGAGUCGACAAACCCGCGCUCGGGCGUACGCUACGAAGUGCAGCUCAAGGGCGCCGGCAUGACGCCCUACAGCCGCUUUGCCGACGGCAAGGCCGUCCUGCGCAGCAGCAUCCGCGAGUUCGUCGUCAGCGAGGCCCUGAACGCUCUCAAAAUCCCCACAACAAGGGCCCUCGCCAUCAGCUUGCUGCCCCAUAGCAAAGUCAGGCGGGAGCGUCUCGAACCGGGGGCCAUCGUUGUCCGCUUCGCCGAGAGCUGGCUGCGCUUCGGCACCUUCGACCUCCUCCGCGCGCGCGGCGACCGGGACCUCAUCCGGCGCCUCGCCACCUACGUGGCGGAGGACGUCUUCAGCGGGUGGGAGAACCUGCCCGGCCGGCUCGACGACCCGGACGACCCAUCCGAAACCUCCGUCCCGCAGCGCAACAUUCCUCGGGACACGAUCCAAGGCCCGCCGGGAUCCGAAGAGAACCGGUUCGCGCGGCUGUACCGCGAGAUCGUGCGGCGCAACGCGCUGACCGUGGCCAAGUGGCAGGUGUACGGCUUCAUGAACGGGGUGCUCAACACGGACAACACAUCCCUCUUCGGCCUAUCAAUGGACUACGGCCCCUUCGCCUUCAUGGACAACUUCGACCCGGCGUACACGCCCAACCACGACGACUACCUCCUACGCUACAGCUACCGCAACCAGCCGACCAUCAUCUGGUGGAACCUCGUGCGCCUAGGCGAAAGCCUGGGCGAGCUCCUCGGCUCGGGAACAACCGUCGACGACCCCACCGUCAUCAGCACCGGCCCGACCGAAACCACCGCCCCUUCCAUCGUGACCCUCGCAGAAAAGCUCAUCAACCAAGCCGGCGCCGAAUACAAAGCCGUCUUCCUCGCCGAAUACAAACGCCUCUUCACCGCCCGGCUCGGCCUCAAAACCCAACAACCCACCGAUUUCGACACCCUCUUCUCCCCCCUCCUCGACACGCUCGAAGCCCUGGAACUCGACUACGCGCUCUUCUUCCGGCGGCUGUCCAGCCUGCCCAUCUCGUCCCUGGGCACGCCGGCCGCGCGGCUCGAGCGCGCGGCGCGCUUCUUCGACCGCGACGGCACCAUCACGGGCCUGGGCGGGGACGCGGGCGCCGGCCGGCAGCGCGUGGCCGACUGGCUGGCGGCGUGGCGCGGGCGCGUCGUGCAGGACUGGGGCACGCUCGAGGACUGGGGUUCCAGCACCCCGGCGGGUGCUGGGACUGAGGCUGGCGUGGAUGGGGGGCGGAACGGGAGCGGGGCCGUGUCGGACAAGGCGGACGCGGAGCGGAUGGCGGCUAUGAAGAGGGUGAAUCCCAACUUUGUGCCGCGCGGGUGGAUUUUGGAUGAGGUGAUUCGGCGGGUGGAGAAGGGAGGGGAGAGGGAGGUGUUGAAGAGGGUCAUGCACAUGGCGCUGCAUCCGUUUGAGGAUAGCUGGGCCGGGAGGGAGUUCGAUGGCGCGGUGUAUGAGGGCGAUAAGGAAGAGGAGGUGCGGUGGACAGGUGAUGUGCCCAAGACCGAGAGGGCGAUGCAGUGUAGCUGCAGCUCGUGA